UCAUUAUAUGAACUUUCUCUAACGUGUUCAGUCUAUGUGUGCUUACUUUAUAGUACAUUUAUAGUACAUUAUCUACCUUCUUCACUCUAUAUGUGCUUACUUAAUAGUUCUGAUGAAAACAGACCCAGGAAACCUUUUACCAACACAGAAAGGAGGAAAUUGUUUAAAACUAUCAAAAUGGAUAGAUGUCCGUUAACAGGCGAUAGACGAAAUAACGAAUCACCAAAUCUGGGUUUAAACCACUUGCUUUUUGUCAGGGAGCAUAACCGAUUAUCUACAAAACUUCACGAGCUAAAUCCAUGUUGGAGAAAUGAAAAGGUUUUCCAAGAAACUCGUCGAAUUAUCAUAGCGCAAGUUCAACAUAUAACGUAUAAUCAUUUUCUACCACUUGUUGUUAACCAUGAUACAAUGAGACGAUUUAACUUAUCCUCUAAAACAAAUGGUUUUGAUCAUGUUUAUGAUGACAGUGUUGAUGCAUCUUGUCUCAAUAGUUUUGGAGUAGCUCCGUGGCGUUAUGGACACUCGCAGGUAAUGGCUGAACAAUCCGAAUUAAAAAAUGAUUUCAAAACUAUAUGCAAACAUAAAGUAGAAGAUAAUUUAUUAAGUCCUCAUUUAUGGCAAUACAGCUAUGGAAAACAUGUCACAAGUCUUUCAAGAUGGCUUGCAACGAAACCAGCAUUAAAAAUUGACAAUUUCCUAGUUGAGGGAUUACGUGACAAACUAUUCUAUAUCACAACACCACCAGGUUCAGAUCUGUUUUCUUUGAAUAUACAACGAGGACGUGAUCAAGGUGUUCCUGCUUACAAUGAAUGGAGGAAAUUCUGUGGACUAAGAAAAUUCAGAAGUUUUGACGACUUUGGAAAAUUUGGCUCGAAUCUUUCAUUAGUAUAUAAGACAGUAGAUGAUGUUGAUUUGUUUAUUGGGGGUCUUUUAGAAGAAGGCGAGAACGGCAGUGUUGGACCUACUUUUUCAUGUAUUAUUGGCAUUCAGUUUCACCGUUUCAAAGCUGGAGACCGAUACUGGUAUGAAUCAUCUGAUCCAGAUUUUGCAUUCACAAUAGAUCAGCUGAACUCUUUAAAAUCUGCUUCAUUAUUGUCCAAAGUAUACUGCACAAAUUUAGGAUUAAAUGAAAUACAAGACAAUAUAUUCAUGAUCCCAUCUUUAAAGAAUCCAGUGUCUUACUGUAGAGACCUUCCCGAUAUAAGCCUGUACUUAUGGAGAGACAAAACAUGUGUGUAUGGACCACAUCCCUUGGCGAAAAGGUACUAAUUGACAUCUAACCGAUGACAAUAGCUCAAAGGAAGUGAAUGAAUAAUUCAAAGAUUAAAUUCAAGAAUUGUACAGUUUUUAUUCAACGAACAUAUUGUCUUGCUUUUAGUUCACUUGUGGAUUCUAUUCAUAUGGAAAAACACAAUAAAUUUAUUAGAAUGGACUGUUUAAAUAUGAAAUAAGUAUUUGCAAUACGAUGAUUAACGAAGGUAAAUCAUAACCAAGAAAUAAAAAU